UUCCGCGUAGCCCAAAUUCAGCCGGAGGGUUCCUGCUGUUUCUGCACUCAGGGUUCUCCAGGAACUCGGGGAGCCUGGACCUUCCCCGCUCUAGAGGAGAAAGCGACUUUGGCAAAGUCUAUAUAGUGUCACUUCCGCGGAGGAAUGGAAGAGGUCGGAACGGCCAGGAUCCUAACGCCCAGGGAAUCCGCUCGAUUCAUUGCCGAAAACAGUCGAGAUGUGUGCAUUGAUGGCGGAGGGGUGCGGAGCGUGGCCGAGCUGCUGCUAGCCCGGGCUGCGGGGCCAGAGUUGCGGAUGGAUGGGUGGAAGGCUCUGCACGAGUUGAACCCUAAGGCGGCCGACGAGGCCGCGGUCAACUGGGUGUUUGUGGUAGACACGCUCAACUUCUCCUUUUGGUCAGAGCAGGAUGAGCGCCGGUACCUGGUAAAGUAUGGAGGCAAAACCUACAGCGGGUACUGGUCCCUGUGCGCCGCGAUUAACCGGGCCCAGGACGAAGGCAUACCAAUCACAAGUGCCUCCUACUAUGCCACGGUGACCCUUGAUCAGGUUCGGAAUAUAUUUCGUUCAGAUUCAGAUGUUCCCAUGCCUUUAAUAGAAGAGAGGUAUCGGAUUCUCAAUGAAACUGGGAAAAUUCUGCUAGAGAAGUUUGGAGGCUCUUUUCUUAAUUGUGUCAGAAGAAGUGAAAAAAGUGCCCAGAAGUUAAUGUACCUGGUUGUUGAAAGUUUUCCUUCUUAUAGAGAUGUGACUCAAUAUGAGGGGAAAAGAAUUUCUUUUUACAAACGAGCCCAAAUUCUUGUGGCAGACACGUGGAGUGUAUUAGAAGGAAAAGGAGAUGGCUGCUUUGAAGAUAUCUCUAGUAUCACCAUGUUUGCUGAUUAUAGAUUACCUCAGAUUCUUGCUUACCUUGGUGCUCUAAAAUACUCUGAUAAACUACUGAAGAAACUUCUGGAUGGAGUCAUGCUUUCAUAUGGAGAUAAGCAAGAGGUGGAAAUCAGAGGGUGCGCACUUUGGUGUGUUGAGCUGAUUCGGGAUUGUCUUCUAGAGCUUAUUGAAAAAAGUGAUGGAAAAGCUAAUGGAGAAAUCAAUUCCAUUCUUUUGGAUUAUUACUUAUGGGACUAUGCUCGUGAUCACAGGGAAGAAAUGAAAGGAAUUCCAUUUCAUCGCACACGUUGCAUAUAUUAUUGACUCCAAGUGUUGACUGACCCAAAGAAAAUUCCUGCAUUUAUAUCUCAUAUGAUCAUGUGUACUAUGAUGACAGACUUUACCUGAAUGGGAAAAUUAUAACUUUUAAUUUUUUUAUUUUUAGAUGUAUUUAAUUUUUUACUGUUUUCUUCAAAUAGUUGUACAAAGGGGUUACAAUUUAAAAUGUCCAUUUAUGUGUACAGUGUUAUCAUUGUCCUUCCAUCAUUCUUUCCAUCAUUCGUUCCUCCAAAAAGUUUUUUUCUAAGCAUAUCAUUGCGCAUUCCUAAUUUUAUCCGCUUUUUUUUUUUCUUUGUGCCAGUCUUGGGGCUUGAACUCAGGUCCUGGGCACUGUCCCUGAGCUUUUGCUCAAUGCUACCAUUCUACCA